AGAGCAAAUGUCGAUCUUAAACCUAUUCUUAGUAUUCAUGUGGCUCUACAAUAUAUUUCUAAAUAUGCAAGUAAAGCAGAACCACGAUCAGAGGCCUUUUCACAGAUAUUAGAUCGAAUACUUAAUAAUAGUAAUGCUACUAAUAGAUUACUUGCCCCAGUUCAGAAAUUAUUGCUUCAUAGUAUUUCUGAACAUGAUAUAUCCGCUCAAGAAACUUGUCAUCUACUUCUUGAAAUUUCUCUUUAUCAUUCAAGCUGUGCCUUUGUUUUAUUAAAUCUCAAUAAAGAAACAGCUCGUUGGCUUCAUGGUGCAGGUGUUAGAGAAGAUGAAAAUUAUAGUAAAAGAGCAAAUGUCGAUCUUAAACCUAUUCUUAGUAUUCAUGUGGCUCUACAAUAUAUUUCUAAAUAUGCAAGUAAAGCAGAACCACGAUCAGAGGCCUUUUCACAGAUAUUAGAUCGAAUACUUAAUAAUAGUAAUGCUACUAAUAGAUUACUUGCCCCAGUUCAGAAAUUAUUGCUUCAUAGUAUUUCUGAACAUGAUAUAUCCGCUCAAGAAACUUGUCAUCUACUUCUUGAAAUUUCUCUUUAUCAUUCAAGCUGUGCCUUUGUUUUAUUAAAUCUCAAUAAAGAAACAGCUCGUUGGCUUCAUGGUGCAGGUGUUAGAGAAGAUGAAAAUUAUA